AGAACAAUAGAUACAUAGAUGGGCCGAGAAGCAUUGCAGCCCACAUUCGAGCAUCCCUAAUUACCCUUCUUCGCUCGCUCUCGUAUAUAAACUUGUUGCUAGGGUUUAAUAAUUUCUCCGCAGCUUGAAUACACCAGACCAGAGCUGAGUGAGGAGUGACGCGAGGGAGGGGCGCAGCCGUAGGUUCUCACAUCCGACUCCAAUAUGGCGAGAGGUUUGAAGAAACAUUUGAAGAGGCUCAAUGCCCCCAGUCAUUGGAUGUUGGACAAGCUUGGUGGUGCUUUUGCUCCCAAACCAUCAUCUGGACCCCACAAAUCCAGGGAAUGCCUGCCGUUGAUUCUGAUACUGAGAAACAGGCUCAAGUAUGCUCUUACUUACCGCGAGGUUAUUUCUAUAUUGAUGCAACGUCACAUUCAGGUUGAUGGAAAGGUUAGGACUGACAAGACUUAUCCUGCUGGUUUCAUGGAUGUUGUAUCUAUUCCAAAGACCAAUGAGAAUUUCCGCCUUCUCUAUGAUACCAAGGGUCGCUUCAGGCUGCACUCGAUUCGUGAUGAGGAAGCUAAGUUUAAGAUGUGCAAAGUUCGUUCAGUUCAGUUUGGAAAGAAGGGCAUUCCUUACAUCAACACCUUUGAUGGAAGGACCAUUCGCUACCCAGACCCUCUUAUCAAGGCUAAUGACACUAUCAAGCUAGAUCUUGAUAGCAACAAAAUUGUUGAUUUCAUCAAAUAUGAUGUGGGCAAUGUUGUCAUGGUGACUGGUGGUAGGAACAGGGGACGUGUUGGUGUGAUCAAGAACCGUGAGAAGCAUAAGGGAAGCUUCGAGACUCUUCACAUUCAGGAUGCUUCUGGCCAUGAGUUUGCAACCAGAUCGGGGAAUGUGUUUACAAUUGGGAAGGGUACGAAGCCCUGGAUAUCUCUUCCAAAGGGCAAAGGCAUUAAGUUGACCAUCAUUGAGGAGGCGAGGAAGAGGAUCCAGGCUCAGUCUGCUGCUACAGCUUAGUAGAUAAAUGAAAUUAUCGUUCUAGUUAUUUGGAAGUAGUACAGUGAGAUGCCAUCAUUGUGCUAUUAUAGGAUGUUUUGUGGCAAAUUUAUGUGUUUCCCAACCCUAAGUUUUGACCUUGAUAUUCUAUUUCAUCUGUUGGAUAAUCUUGUCUUGGAUUUUUGCUUACAAUUCUGAUAAAGUUUUAUCCUCUUGUUUCU